AUGGUUCAUUGGGGUACAGUUUUCGUGACGGUAACGGCAGCAAGUUUUCUGCUUGGACGGCGCGAGUUACCGAAACUCGGACGUUUCAUCGGUCUCUAUACUGGUCGUUCAAUGGGUGCUAUUCUUCGAGCCAAAAAGGAAUUCUUCAAUGUUACCAAUGAUAACGAUCUUGUCAAACUCCAGCGCAAUUUCCAGCGAGGUAUUGAGGAGCUCAAUGAAAUCCGUUCGGAGCUCACAAGUGUCGGUAGUUUGCGGCGGCCUUUGGAGCCAACAGGGACGACAUCUAGUGCUAUGUCAAGUGAUACAGUGACCCACUCGGCAACAUCUGUGUCCACUAGUGCAUCAAUGUCGCAACAAACCUCUGGAGGACGUUCGAGCGUCUCCUUGGCGUCCACAGCCGAAUAUGAGGUGCCGAAGGAAGGACGACGCAAUGCUGAAGCUAGUUUGGCUAUGGCUGAAUUGAAGCUGGCAGAACAAGGUAAGUUUAGUCCACGAGUGGAGAUUCAGGAAGGAGGUGCAGAUUAUGUGUCUGCAAGCAUUAUGGACAGCUUGCUGCUCGACGAGACAAAGAUGAAGCAGCAGACUUAA